GUCCGGGCGGGGCCUGGCGAGCCGCUGCCCGGCUGGGUGGAGCUGGCUGCGCCCGGGCCACGUCUCCCGGCCGGGCCGAGGCGGCUGCGCUGCGGUGCAAGGGGCCUGCGGCGCCCGGAUGCAUCUGUCACCACAGAGGAGUAUCUGCCUUUGUCCUACAGGUGUCUCAACGCAUGCCAUGGCCUGGGAGGGCCCUGCCAAGCUGUGCUCACCUGUAAAGCCAGACUUCAUGUGGCCAGUACACAAUGCCAGACCCACAGCUCCCCAAGGAGAAAGACGGCCUGGCCUCCGAGCAUGCACUGAGCAGCUGUCUCUGAUCCCAGAGCCAAGCAGAAGGGAACCAUUGACAGCCUGAGGGGCUGGCCUGCGGGGAGGCUCAGGGACCAGUAGCCCUGCUCCCAGCUCACUCCAAGAUGUGGACAGCCCUGAUGCUGCUUUGGAUUUCUUCCUUGCCCUUAUCUGGAAGUCAGGUGGCAUCUGUGUCUUCAUACUCAGUCCCUAAAGUCAAGAGAACUAUACCCAAGGGUGCAGUUAAAAGAGUUGCUAAUACAACGGCCGAGAAAACGGCCAUGGUGACACUUGCUCUGACCAAAGGGACUUCGACAGCCAGCCUGAACUCCACCGUAGUCACAACAGAGGUGACAACACACAGGACGAAUGUGACCACUCCAGCAACGACGGUACAUGAUGCCACCCCCAGAACUCCUGUACCACCCGCGUCGCCAGGCCCCACGUCCACAGGACAGACCCCACCCAGCCCCACUGUUGGGCCUCCUUCCCUCAGCAUACCCCAUGUACAAGUGCCACAUACAGAUGUCAAUACAUCAUCAAGAACAGCGGUGGUGGCAACAGCGAGCCCACCUGUUCAGACCACGGCUGAGACUACUGCAAACAGGAGCAGCCCGAGAAGUGCCCUGAGCCCUGUGGAAAACACACCCACUAACACGUCCACCGUGAGCCCCAAACCUACCAUGGGGCCCAUACCCACCACAGGACCCAAACCCACCACAGGGCCCACACCUGCCACGGGACCCACACCCACCACAGGGCCCCAAACACAACAUCCCACCACAGGGCCCCAAACACAACAUCCCACCACAGGGCCCCAAACACAGCAUCCCACUACAGGGCCCCAAACACAGCAUCCCACCACAGGGCCCCAAACACAGCAUCCCACCAUUCAAGUGAAAACAGACCAGCCAGCACAAAGCACAACAGAGAGGUCCACACUCAGCUCCUCCAACACCACCACCUCUUUGGUUUCGGUGUCCACGGCAGUGGUGACCACCACCCAGGCACAAACUAAGGAGCCAACUGCCAGCACACCAGCGCCUCCCACCAGUCUGGCCCCUGAAGUGGAGUCCACAGCCCCCACCACACAGCCAAGUCCUACGUCACCUCUACAGGACACUGGUGGGCCAGGUACGUUGUCCCAGACACCAGAGCCGGUAGAGACCAAAGCCACACCUGGUACUGCCUCCGCUGGGCCCCCACCUAAGAGCUCAGGGGAACCUCAGGUGCCAGCCACAGACUUGUGCCAACUCAGCACCCAAGACCAGUAUGUAGUAGUCACCACUGAGCCCCUGACCCCAUCCUUGGUGAACAGAACAUUCCUCCUGGCGGUGCUUGUACUAGGGGUGACCCUCUUCAUCACGGUCCUGGUGUUGUUUGCCCUGCAAGCUUAUGAAAGCUACAAGAAGAGGGAUUACACACAGGUGGACUACCUUAUCAAUGGCAUGUAUGCUGACUCUGAGAUGUGAGGCCAGCCUCUUCCAGGGCCUCCAUUUUGCCUCAGACUGAACCAAGUGCUUCCAGAUCCCUAUGGUGCAAUUUCAGAGCCAUGCUAGAUGCUUAGACACAUUUAAUUGCCACCAGAUCAAUUCUACCAUCAUGAAAGAGUUGCUGCUUUUUCAUAUUUAUUUUUGUAAAUGAUCAUGUAUACCGGAGCAGCGGGGGAUUCUGUGGGUGUGGAGGGGGGUGGGUCUCUGGCCCACAUGGCCCCUGGCAUGUGGAAUCUUGACCAGAAUUAAAAGCAGUGACCGCCCUGCAGCCAGCA